UCAACGUGACAAGUAUUUAGCUGUCAGUAGACGGUAAUAAAAGAAAGCAUCAAAAUAUCGGAAAUAUUAACCAUUUCAAAUUUUGUUUAGUUUCAAUCCCAUCCAUGGUAUAAUUUCACCAAUAAUGAUAUUUACAUAAUAUUUGAUUUCUUUAAAUUAUAUCGAAUUAAAGUUGUUCGCAACAAAAUGAAACGAGCUGAAACCCUAUCCCUCCAUCCCUCAAUCCUAUCCAUGGUAUAAUCUCACCAUGACCGAUAUUUAGAAGAUACUUAAUUUCUUUAAAUUAUAUCGAAUUAAAGUUGUUUAAAAAUUGUUGCAAAGAAAUUGUAAAUAAAGUUCGCAUCAAAAUGAAAAGAGCUAAAACCCUGUCUGAGGCACGUGUUUUCACCCUGUACUUCCGGUAUUGCAUUUCGCAUUCCAAAGAAUUUACAAUCAGAACUUCUAUUGAUUGGGUGGCAGCACCGCAAACAGCUGGAAAGCGAAUGAACCAUAAAGCAACGGAAUAUGGCUACUAAACUAAACGUAAAUAUUAGAACUCUUCUGACCAAUUGCGAGGAGCUAGCUAAAGAUGAAGCCAACUACUGGAGGCUUAAAAAGUUCAUAAAAUCACUGGACACUAUGAUAGAAGAACUUAAGGGAUGCGACGACAUCGGUAGUAAUCUGAAAGUACCAGACUACACAAAACGACUUAAUGAUCUCAAAGCCCUUACCAACUAUAUAGACAGCCCACCGCCAGUUAAGAGCUUGCGUUCAAAGCUACGCCCGGCAUAUGAAAUUGGUGAUGAUGCUCUGAAAGAAGUGCAGCAACUACAAAGCUCCAAACACCAUGCAGAUUUAAAAAAGGAUUUAUUGAGAGACGAUACACUGCGCCGACGUAAACCGGAUGAUAGUCCAACCAGCGCGGAAAAUAUGGGCGAAGCCGUUAAAUAUUAUAGCGAGGCACAAGAAAAAAUUACCGAGCAUAUGCUCUCGCUUACACGGAAUUUAAAGGAGCAGACCGAGACCGCAAAUCGGAUAAUUAAAAGGGAUACUGAAAUCGUGUCAAAGUCUACAAAUAUGGCCGAUCGCAAUAUUAAUUCCUUAAAUAAAGAAACAGAAAAAUUGGAGGAACACUCUCGCAACGCAUGGAAAUGUUGGAUGUGGCUUAUGUUUGCAUUUGUUAUUGCUGUAUUUGUUGGAAUGGUAUUGUUUAUGAAAAUUAUGAAAAAGAGGAAAGUUUAAACUGAAAGUUUAAAAGUACUUGCGAAUAAAUAUCUAAAAUUUUUUAUAUUUCAAAAAUAGCAAAAAAAAAAUGAUGUUAAACAAU